AUUUUCCCUGCCAAGCUAAGGAUGCAAACAAAUGGUAAAUCUCAUUAUUGUGACAUUCUGGCACUGUGAUUAUUCACUGAUAACAAAAUAAACACAGAAAAUCUUCACCCGAUAAAGCAUUACAGAUCUCCAUAUCUACUUAGCUCUAAACAAUGAGAAGGUACGAUUCUUUCUCUCGGAAAAUCUCUCUUUACACUGGAAACAAACAGAGGCUAGGGCACCACAGGCAGCAUGGGAAGCAAGGAGUGGGAGGAGUGAAGGGAAUGCUGGCUAAACUAUCAAUUGCUGUAGUUGUUCUCUUGAUCUGCACGCUCUCCUUGCUGUUUUCGACUACGAUUACUGGAAGUAGCGGAUCGAGUGGUCCGUCUGAGAUCAAUGUUGAAGAACUUUGGGAAAGUGCUAAUUCAGGUGGCUGGAGGCCAUCAUCUGCUCCAAGAUCUGACUGGCCACCUCCUCCAAAAGAGAGCAAUGGUUAUCUGCGUGUUCGUUGUAAUGGUGGUUUGAAUCAGCAACGAAGUGCGAUUUGUAAUGCGGUUCUUGCUGCUAGAAUCAUGAAUGCUACCCUUGUGCUGCCUGAGUUGGAUGCUAACUCCUUCUGGCAUGAUGAAAGUGGCUUCCAUGGCAUUUAUGAUGUUGAGUAUUUUAUCCAGUCACUGAGAUUUGAUGUACGUAUUGUGGAAAGGAUACCAGAAAUUCAUAAAAAUGGGAAAACCAAGAAGAUAAAGGCUUUUCAGCUGCGGCCCCCUAGAGAUGCUCCUAUUGAUUGGUAUACAACUGUUGCUUUGGAGAAGAUGAAGCAACAUGGAGCUAUUUAUUUGACUCCUUUUUCACAUCGUUUAGCUGAAGAAAUCGACAACCCUGAGUACCAGCGACUGAGGUGCAGGGUUAACUACCAUGCCCUAAGAUUCAAGCCACAUAUUAUGAAGCUAAGUGAGUCAAUAGUUGAUAAAUUACGUGCAAAAGGUCACUUCAUGGCGAUACACCUUCGUUUUGAGAUGGACAUGCUGGCAUUUGCUGGGUGUUUUGACAUAUUUAAACCUGCAGAGCAAAAAAUAUUGAAGAAGUAUCGCAAGGAAAACUUUGCUGAGAAAAGACUUGUUUAUAGUGAAAGGAGGGCAAUUGGAAAAUGCCCCUUGACUCCGGAAGAGGUUGGUCUUAUCUUACGUGCAAUGGGGUUUGACAAUUCCUCCCGGAUAUAUCUAGCAGCUGGUGAACUGUUUGGUGGAGAAAGAUUUAUGAAACCUUUUAAAGCCCUGUUCCCUCGACUUGAGAAUCACAGUUCCGUAGACGCAACAGAGGAGCUAGCCACGAACACUCGUGGAUUGUUAGGAUCUGCUGUGGAUUAUAUGGUCUGUCUCCUUGCUGACAUUUUUAUGCCUACAUAUGAUGGACCAAGCAAUUUUGCCAACAAUCUCCUAGGUCACCGCCUUUAUUAUGGCUUCCGGACUACUAUUAGACCUGACAGGAAAGGUCUUGCCCCUGUUUUCAUUGAUCGAGAGAAUGGUCGUACAGCUGGUUUUGAAGAAGCUGUUAGGCGUGUCAUGCUCAAAACAAACUUUGGAGGUCCUCACAAGCGAAUUUCACCUGAAUCAUUUUAUACAAAUUCUUGGCCUGAAUGUUUCUGCCAAACAGAUAAACAGAAUCCUGCUGAUAAAUGCCCACCAGAGAAUGUUUUGCAAAUUUUAGAUGGCCAGUUAGAGAGCGAGGUGAACAGUGAAUCAGAAUCCUUGAACCAAACAAAUUUGACAGUAUCUGAAAGAUAAAUAUGUGAGUUUUGAGUAGUUAGUUUGUUGUUGUCUCCUUGGUAAUGAAAGACUGCCAAAUUGGAGGAAGGGGUCUUUGCAACUAUAUUCAGCAUCUCAGGUUCAUGCUAUUCUCUAGUUUGGGUAUGCGCUAAUUCAUCAUAGACACAGAGGGUACAUUUUUUACCAAAGUACUGUCUACAAAUCAGACCAGAUGAUUUUUCUGCCUGUAUUAAAUUUGCUACUCUCUGAUUGCCAUUGUACUUCUGUCAUUGGAAGAUAUCUGAUAUGAGUGAAUAGCAUCCUUAUGGAUCUACAGAAAAAUAUUGUACAAUUAAUUAUAUGCUGUAAAAGACAACUAUGCUUUUGAGGCUUGGCAUAACCUAAGUAUGUUCAUUUUCCA